GGAAGCCGGAAGUGAGUGAUUGCUGCUGUCCGCGAACCCGAGGAUGGAUUGGUGACCGGAGCCCAUGGAAGGGGCGGGGCCCGGGGACACCGGUAACGGGAGCGGAACCGGGGAGCCGGGGGUGGUCUACACCAUGGAGAACAAGCCAAUCGUAACCUGUGCCGGGGACCAGACCUUGUUCACUGCAGUCUAUUCAACGCUGACCCAGCAGUUACCCCGGGAGCCCAUGGAGUGGCGGAGGGCUUACGGUCGCGCUCCUAAAAUGAUUCACCUUGAGUCAAAUUUUGUUCAGUUCAAAGAAGAACUUUUACCCAGAGAAGGAAACAAAGCGCUCCUCACCUUCCCGUUCCUGCACAUCUACUGGACGGAGUGCUGCGACACCGAGGUGUAUAAAGCCACCACGAAGGAUGACAUCACCAAGUGGCAGAACGCCCUGCGCGCCCACAGCUCCACUGACUGGCUGAUCGUGGUGGUGGAGAGCGAAGCCAAGAAAAAGAAUAAAACCAACAUCCUCCCACGGACGUCCAUCGCGGACAAGAUCCGGAGCGACUUCUGCAACAAGCAGAGUGACAGGUGCAUGGUGCUGGUCGACCCCCUUAAAGAUACGGCACGCUCCCAGGAGUCCUGGUUCCUCUUUUUGGCCAAGCUGCGCACGCUGCUCCUGACGUCUUUCACCAGGAACCUGGGCCGAUUCGAGGACGACAUGAGGACUCUGCGGGAGAAGAGGACGGAGCCGGGCUGGAGCUUCUGUGACUACUUCAUGGUGCAGGAGGAGCUGGCCUUCGUGUUUGAGAUGUUGCAGCAGUUUGAAGAUGCUCUAGUUCAGUACGACGAGCUCGACGCUCUCUUCUCUCAGUAUGUGCUGAACUUUGGUGCUGGCGACGGUGCCAAUUGGCUGAGCUCGUUCUGCCAGCCGGUCCGCGGCUGGGACGGUCUCGCUCUGCGGAAGCCCAUCGACAUGGAGAAGAGGGACCUGAUCCAGAAGAGGCGAGCGAACCUGCUGGAGCUGCGCAGCUACCUGUUCUCCCGUCAGUGUACUCUGCUCCUCUUCCUCCAGCGCCCCUGGGAGGUGGCCGGCCGGGCCCUGGAGCUGCUUCAUAACUGUGUGCAGGAGCUGCGCCUGCUGGAGGUGUCCGUCCCCCCGGGGGCCCUCGACUGCUGGGUGUUCCUCAGCUGCCUGGAGGUUCUGCAGAGGAUUGAGGGGUGCUGCGAUCGCGCGCAGAUGGAGGCCAACGUCGCUCACACUGUUGGGCUGUGGAGCUACGCAACGGAAAAGCUCCGGUCCCUCGGGUCUCUCUGCGGGUUGGUGUCAGAGAGCGGUCCCGGUUCUGAAGAACUCCAGCGGACGGUGGAUUUACUGGCUGGACUCGGGGCAGAGAGACCAGAGACAGCCAAUGCGGCCCAGAGCCCAUAUAAGACGCUCCAGGAGGCUCUGUCGUCAGAGGAAGCCUUCGAGAAGCAUUACCUGGAUCUCUCUCACGCCACCAUAGAGAUGUACAACAGCAUCGGCCGGACGCGCUCGGCACGACUCGUGGGGAAGGAUUUGGCCGAUUUCUACAUGAGGAAGUCGUCCCCACAGAAGGCCGAGCCGUUCCUGCAGGGGGCGCUGCAGAUGUAUCAGUCGGAGGCCUGGUCUCUGCCCCUCACGCACACUCGCAAACAGCUGGCAGACUGUCAGAGGCGCCUGGCGCAAACGCAACCAUACCUCCAGACCUGCUGUCUCCUGGCGGCCGACGGGAACUUGUCUCACGAGCAGCGCCGGGUAUACUGUCAGGAACUCCUGGCGUUCGCCAAGCAGAGUCCGACCAGCACAGGUGCCCCGCUUUGCCUCCCUCUGGGCUCCUUCGCGGAGCUCGUAUCUCUGCGCUUUGAACCCGCCACGGCCGUGGUCCAUGUCGGCGGCUCCCUGCGCAUGGAGCUGACCCUGCUGAGUCGGAUGCCAGAGCCGUUGCAGCUCGACCAUCUCACCGGACAUUUCCACUACAGUCUCGACAAAAACAGCUACCGCAAGACUGCUCAGUGGCUGAUGCGGCACAAGCCCGCCGGCGGCACGGUCACCUUCCAGACAGAGGGGGCCCCGGGAGCCCGGGGCCAGCCGCCUGUCUUAGAGCUCUCGGAGAUGUAUGAGAAGAGUCCGUCGGAAGGCGGACUGGCGAGCACCGGCGUGAUCUGCAGGAACGUGCACAUGCUGAUCCGGCCGCAGGACGCGCAGGCAUCAUCCACACCAUCCCCGCUGGACAGGCAGUCGGUCGUCAGCGUGGACGAUGGAGCUCACGCCCUGAGGUGCAGCGACGUGACCCUAAAACCGGGGAUAAACAAGCUGACUUUUCAUGCCCAGGCUAAGGAACCCGGUACCUACAGCUUGCGGCAGCUGACGGCAUCCGUUGGCGAUAUUAACCUGCUGCUGCCCCAUAUUUACCCCAUAGUGCAAUAUGACGUUUACUCUCAGGAGCCUCAGCUGACAGUGGAGCCUUUGAGUGACUGCCUCCUGGCUGGAGUUCCACAGAAACUGAAGUUUACAGUCACAAGCGGCCAUUACAGCGUGAAGGAGGGGGACGCCCUGCAGCUCAGCAACGCCGACAGUAUGCACGUCCUGGGAGGAGGCAGCCCCAUGGCGGCCAUUUAUAGAAACAGUCACGAGGAAGUGCAUCACGGUGCAUUACGCAUCCAGCGCUCGGAGAAGGUGACCAGCAUCUGUUUGCCCCCCGCUCCUCCCUAUCACCUCAUGGAGUUUGAACUGGAUGUGGUGUGUUUGCUGCCAGAAGGGGGGAGGCUGCUAAACGGAGAGUUGCCCCGAGGGGGCAGGGAGACGCAAGAUUCGUGCAAGAGUAACACAUGUGAACAGAGGGUGUCAGUUGACUGUCCGUGGUCCAUCUACUCGACCAUCAUCAGCCUGACCUUCCACCUCCCUCUCAAAGCCCAACACAAGCUGCUGUCUUCCGGGACUAGGAAAUAUAUUCAGGUCUGCGUGGAGAAUCUCUGCGCGUUCGGCUUCCGGUUGUCUGACAGCCACCUGACUUCCACUCAAGACCUGCAGCUUCUUCCCCUGCACACGGCAGGGAUCCAGGACAUCCAGAGUCAGCAGCGCAUGUUCUUCGUGUGGGAGGUUACGUGGCGCCAGCACAUGCCCGCCUUCCUGCCCAUUCACUUCUCUGUCGGCUUCUCUCCGGUGCCCGAUCUGCAGCCCUGUGAGCAUCUCCAGCCUUUCACCUACAGCUUCCACCUGGAGAACUUCUUUACUCUGUACACGGUGCGCGCCGAGAUCUCGCCUCCCCCCGAUGCCCCGUUCUGUAAGACGGGCGCGUUGUGCUCCCUGGAGGUCUGCGUCACGCGGCUGUGCGACCGCCUGGAGGCCGAGGAGACGCUCACAGACUGCGAGGGGUACAGCAGCUCCCAGCUCUUUUAUCAGGUGGUGGACGGCGGCAGUAACUGGGCCGUUUGCGGACGGAGCUCCGGCGUGGUGUUGAUGCCGGUGCGGCGGGGCUCGUGUCACACGGUACGGAUGGAGGUGAUGCCGCUGUUUGCCGGGUACCUCCCGUACCCCGACGUGCGCCUUUUCCGAUAUCUGCCCCACCACUCCCACUCCCAGCAGCUGGACGCCGAUAGCUGGAUAGAGAAUGACUCCGUAUCUGUGGAGGAUCCAAUCGAAGGGCCCGGGGGCCGAUCUCAGGGCAGCAGCAGCCUCUCUCCUGGGCCCGUGGGCUCUUCUAAGGAGCAGAAGGGACUUCCUAUGCCACGGCUGCAGCCGUUCCACGCCGGGCAGGUCAGCAACAGCAGUAUUGGGCGGCAGAUCCUGGUUAUUCCGAGCUCGGACGAACACGUGCUUGAGGUCAACGUCACAUGACCCGGUGCCCCACGCGGGGCAAAGCCAAACAUGUAUUAUGUAUGUAUAGACGGAUUUGGGACUGGGAUUUGCCCCUGUGGACUUUCCGAGGAUGAUGGGAUAUACUGGAAAACUGUGACUGGAACGCUGCGGGCCCCGGAUCCGGCACCCUGCGGCACAUGACUGGGGUGUGACGGGCACCUGGGGUUAGGACAGUGGCCCCUUUAUCAUUAAGGGAGGGAGGCGGAUCCGUGCGCCGCUCGCUCUACUCUUACUGCUUCUGGGCAG